AUGGCCGCGUGGCGAAGAGUAGAGGCCAUUCGAUCUGAAGUGCCACCUGCCGCUGAAUCUCAGCCCUCAUUGCCUGUUAUUGAGGAGGAAAUGGCAAAAAACCGAAGUGCCAAGUCCGAGGUGGUUGUGCAGGCCGAUCAAGAGGUUGAGCAAAGGGCAGAGAAGCGUCCUGCCGAGGUCGAGGCCAGCUUAAAAGAAAAUCGUUCCGACAAACGGCCUCGUUUAGAGGAAUCAGAUGUGAUUGUGCCUUUUGUCAUUCAACCGAAGAUGAAAAAUACGUCGAUCUCCUCUGAUGCUUCGGCAAUUAAAGACCUAACCGUCGCACUCAGCAUGGCUACGUCCGUCUCAUUGCCGGCUGACAAGGCGGCUUUCCGGGCAGAGCCGGAUCUCCUAGCAAUAGUGCUAGCCGCACAAUCGGCUCUCCUGACGGUCGGGAGAAUAGCCAAGAUAGGCCGUCGCCAGCAUGACGCCGUCGAACGACUUGGCCGUUUACAAACGGAAAUAGAAGGCCAAAGGAGCAGGGCUGAUUUCGAGGCGGUGAGGGCGAAAAUAGAAAGCGCCAAGGCUGAGGCCGAGAUGGAGAGGGCGAGAAAUGCGGAUCAGCUGAGAUUGGCCCCCGAGAAGAGGGCAGACGCAAGCGAAGAAGCACUCAAGUUAGCCCAAGAGGCGAUCACCAAACUGGAGGCUAAGUUAGAAGAGUUAAAGAAGGCGAAGGAAGCAGCCGACUCGGAGGCUUCCAAGGCGUUCAAAACCGGGCAAAAACAACCAAUUAACUGUUCUCUUAAUGUUCUGGCUAAUUUACCUUUGACAGAUUUAUAUGACGGAAAUUCAUUUGAUAAUGGUCCUGCUCCUCCUUCACCACCAUAUAACUCGCCUCCCCCAGGUAGACCACAUAAUAAUCGAAGUCAUUCUCCUCCAGGGCCAGAUUCACCACAGGGAUCUGGUGCUCAAUCGUCCAAUCCAGACAAUGGAAAUAAAAAGGCACUAGCAGCUGGUCUGAUUAUAGUCAUAGCUCUAGGUUCUUCGUUGGUGGUCUUCUUUGCAAUGCUUGUGAUUGUGUUUUGCCUCCGAAAGGGUAAAAGGAAGGAACCCACUGUUGCUAGAACUUCUUUAGGAAGUCUCCCUGUUAGCACAGAUAAAGGUUCAGUGUUUGAUAUGUCUUCCAAUUGUUUGGAAAUUUAA